AUGGUUGCUCAACUGACUAAUGCUGAAGCUAGUACCUCUUAUGCAGCUAUUUUUAAAACUGAUACCUUUUAUGUAGUUAAUGCUGAAGUCAGUACUCCCUAUAUGAUUAUAAUUGAUCAAGUGGCAAAUAUUGAAAAUAGCACUUCCUACACGUUUAAUGCUGAAGUCAAUACCUCUGAUGUAGUCAAUACUGAAAUCAGUACUUCCUACGUGAUUAAUAUUCAAACUAAUACCUCAUAUACAAUUAAUGCUGAGACUAAUGCCCUCUGCGAAAAUGCAGGUUAUGAUAAAGCAACUACUGAGAAG